GUCAAAUUUUAAGGAAGAACAACCACCACAAGCCCUUAGAAUGAAGAGCCAUCACAACCUUGUAUCAACUCGAGGAUAUGAUGGUUUUCUCCCUGGAAAUCAAAUCAUCUGUAUCCAAACAGGUUAGGAUGCGCGCAUGCAAUGCAAGGGUGGAUGCAAAUGGUUUGCUUAUCCAUUCCCUCUUGAAAUAAAAUGACAAUUCUGAAGCUGGUACCCAAUUCUUCCCCUUCAAAACAAUGGCUGAAGCUAUCAUGAGCUUUACCAUAGCUAAUCCACACAUCUAUAACUCCUUCCGAUCAACAAAAUUGGACUUCAACCCAUCUUCAAGAUCGCUUAGACAAUGUUCAAGCUCCAGAUUUUUUACUGGGUGGCAGCAGCCUGAAUCUAGCAGCAAGAGCAAAAGAGGAUCCUUAAGUAAAGUGAAUGCUUUCCCAGAUUGGCAUCUAAUGGCAGUGUUAGUAGAUCACAUGGAUGGCCAAAGAGACCUUGUUACUUACAAAUCCAUAUGGCAUCUCAGUGAUCAAGCCAUAAAGAACGUUUAUGUAUUUUACAUUAUGUUCACUUGUUGGGGAUGUCUAUUCUUUGGUUCAAUGAAAGAUCCCUACUACGAUUCAGACGCGUAUAGAAAAGAUGGAGGAGAUGGUAGUGGACAUUGGGUGUACGAGAAGCAAGAGGACAUAGAAGAAUCUGCAAGAGCAGAGCUGUGGAGGGAGGAGUUGAUUGAGGAAAUUGAGCAAAAGGUUGGAGGAUUGCGCGAAUUGGAAGAAGCUGGCCGAAAAUAGUUUGCUUAAUUACGUUUCUGAAUUAAAAACAUGGCUCUAUGACCUUGUAUAUUGCUGAAGCAAAAUCUUCUAUAUGCCUAUUGCCCCAUUUCUGAAAAUAUUCGCUCUCUUCUAGGCUUUGCGACAUCAUAGCAGAAUGGGCUUUGGAUAGAGCAGGCUGCUAUUUACUUGUUGGGACGAUCUUUCGAACUUAUUACUUCUAAUGUAAUGGAUUGGACUCCUUACUCCUUAUGAAUUAAAUCUUAUCUUUAAAAUUUUAA